CGAGGCGGCGUCAGGCGAGCUGCCUGCCCUUGCUGGUCGGGCGGGUUUCCCCGCUGUGUGGGCUGUUCUGGAGCAGGGCUAAAGCGCCGCCGCCGCCGCCACCACCAUGCUGGCUGGCUGGAGGGGGGUGGCGCGGACCGCCGUGAGCGGCCUGGGCUGGGUCAGCGGCUGCAGCGCCAAGAGAUGGGUCAGCACCAGCUGGUCCCCGGUGGGCGCUGCCUUCAAUGUCCAGCAGCAGCCGCAGCACCACCGAUGGGAGCUGGGCAAGAAAACGGGACUGUUUGGUGUUCCAGAGCUGAGUUGUCCAGAAGGAUUUCAUGAAGCUCAAGAAAAGUCAUUGCAAGAAACAGAACGACUAGUAAAAAAAGCAUGUGCUACUCCUCCUGGGCCAGAGAUAGUAAUGAUCUUUGAUCAGCUGUCAGAUUCCUUGUGCAGAGUAGCUGAUCUAGCUGACUUUGCGAAAAUUGCUCAUCCUAAUCUUGCUUUCAGAGAGGCUGCUGAGGAAGCCUGCAGAAAUAUUGGCACUGUGGUUGAAAAAUUAAACACAGACAUAGAUUUGUGUCAAAGUCUGAGAAAAUUAUUGGCCAAUAAAGAUGUGAUGGCUUCCCUUGAUCCAGAUACCAGACGAGUGGCAGAACUCUUCAUGUUCGAUUUUGAGAUCAGCGGUAUUCACUUGAAUGAAGAAAAGCGCAGGAAGGCAGUUAACCUCAAUGUCAAAAUCUUGGAUUUAUGUAAUGAAUUUCUCAUAGGAUCACAUCUUCCAAAUAAGAUCGACAAACACAUCUUACCAGAACAUAUCCGUCAUAACUUUGCCGUUGAAGGCAACUAUGUCCAAAUCAGUGGUCUCAAUGCAGAUAGUUCAGAUGAUCUGGUACGUGAAGUGGCCUACAAGGUUUUUCUUUUCCCAAAUGCUCAGCAGUUGCACUGUUUAGAGGAGCUGCUUACCAGCCGAAACCUUCUGGCCCAGUUGGUUGGAUAUGACACUUUUGCUCACCGGGCUCUUCAGGGCACAAUGGCCAAAACCCCAGAGAAAGUGAUGCAAUUUCUUGUACAGCUUUCAGAUAAAUUAUUCACACGAACUCUAGCUGAUUUCGAAAUGAUGAGUGACAUGAAAAUGAAACUAAAUCCUAUGAAAUCAAAACUGAUGCCUUGGGAUCAUCCAUACUACAGUGGUGUCCUCCGUGCUGAGAGAUAUAAUAUUGAACCCAGCCUAUAUUGUCCUUUUUUCUCUCUUGGAGCAUGCAUGGAAGGACUCAACAUUUUGUUCAAUAAACUCUUAGGGAUCUCCCUGUAUGCUGAGCAGCCUGAGAAGGGAGAAGUGUGGUGUGAGGAUGUUCGCAAACUGGCAGUUGUUCAUGAACAAGAAGGAUUGUUGGGAUAUAUCUACUGUGAUUUCUUCCAAAGAGCAGACAAACCUCAUCAGGACUGCCAUUUUACAAUUCGUGGAGGCAGGCUAAAGGAAAACGGCGAAUAUCAACUUCCUGUUGUUGUCCUGAUGCUGAGCUUGCCCCAUUCCACUAGGGGUUCACCAACACUACUAACUCCGGGCAUGAUGGAAAACCUCUUUCAUGAAAUGGGACAUGCCAUGCAUUCUAUGCUGGGAAGGACUCGAUAUCAACAUGUCACGGGGACAAGGUGUUCUACCGACUUUGCUGAAGUUCCCUCUAUCUUGAUGGAGUACUUUGCAAAUGAUUAUCGAGUGGUGAACCAGUUUGCAAGGCACUAUGAAACGGGUCAGCCUCUGCCUAAACACAUGGUAUCAAGACUCUGUGAAUCUAAAAAAGUUUGUGCUGCUGCUGAUAUGCAACUUCAGGUCUUUUAUGCUGUCUUGGAUCAGAUAUACCAUGCAAAACAUCCCCUAGGAAAGUCAACCACAGACAUUUUAAAGGAAAUGCAAGAUAAAUUUUAUGGAUUGCCAUACGUUCCUAAUACCGCUUGGCAACUCAGAUUCAGCCAUCUUGUGGGUUACGGUGCCAAGUAUUAUUCCUACCUCAUGUCUAGGGCUGUGGCAUCCAUGGUGUGGAGACAAUGUUUUGUGCAGGAUCCUUUUAACAGGGCAAUGGGUGAACGUUACCGCAAAGAAAUGCUGGCACACGGUGGUGGAAAGGAACCCAUGCUUAUGGUUCAAGGUAUGCUUCAGAAGUGUCCAUCAGUUGAAGACUUCGUGGAUGCCCUUGUUUCAGACUUGGAUCAGGACUUUGAAACAUUUUUUAUGGAUUCUGAAUAAUACAGAAGAAAACUAAAAAUCUCAGAUGGACAAUUUCUUUUUUAUAUAUCUUCUUCAUGAUAUACAUAGAACUGCUGUAGCUCUCAUCGACAUUUCUUUAAAGAGUGUUUGUAGAAAUGCUUGUGUAUAAUAAACAGUUUCUUUUUGAGAGGGAAAUAUGUUUUCAUUCAGAAGUAGUUAGGUUUUGAGAUAGAUGCAGUAUGGGCAAAGGAGUGAAUAUGUCUCUAGAUUAAGGUUGCCAACAGGCUAGGAAGAAAUGUCCUGAUCUGCUCCUGGGUCUAAAAGAAGCUUGAUACUACAAUGAGAUUCCUCUAGGUCUGGCCGAUGGAAUUCAGUCAUUUUGUACUCUAGACCGACUCCAGUGAGAUCUUUUAUUGCAUUUCAAGGAACAUCACAGAGCAGAACCCAAGUAGUAAAGAAUGGGGGGGGAUGAAGGGGAGGGGAGGAAAACAUGUUUUUCUACAUUUUGUAACAUGGACACCAUGUUACAAUUUGCACAAUUUGCGAAUCCUUGGGAAAGCGUACCCCCAGGUGUUUAAUUAAAGCUCCAAUGUUUCCAAAACACAGGAGGAAAAAAGUUAGAUUCCUAGGUAUAGCCUUUAUAGGCUCCAGGAUCUCCAUUCCUACUUGUGUCGGAAGAAAGGAGCUCUGACGCUUGAAAGCUCACACCCUGAAAAUGUUUGUCUCUUAAGGUGCCACUGAACUCAAAUCCUGCUGUUCCACUGCAAACCAACACAGUUACUCACCUAAAACUAUCCCUACAUAUGCAUUUCUUCACUUCAGGAACCACUGAAGAAGUGUGCACAAGUCUUCACUGAGGUUGUAUAAUGUGAAAGAAAGAGAUUGUCUAGUGUGAAAUUUUAAAAUACAUUAGGGGUAUCCAUGUGCAAUGACUCUAAAGGAUAUAUUUUUAGCAUAACAUUAAGUAACCUACUUGUUUUGCACCAGAGAACCUUAACAAAGCAACUUAGAACAAGCCAUUCUUCCCCCUCCCCUUGUAAUUCCAUCUCUAGUGGCUGCAUUUGGCACAGAGGAGAAAAGCCUAUUAAAAAGAUGGCAAAAUUACACAUCAUGACUCUUUCUAAUCCUUCCUGCUUACAGUUGCUGUGGGUAGUCCUCCAGCAUCUCAUUCCUGCUUUCUGUCCAACUUGGGGUGGGGGCGGGAUUUGUGGGGGAGGGAUAGUGCCAUAGAGCCCACCCUCCAAAGUAGCCAUCAGGGGAAAUGAUCUUUGUAUUCUGCAAAUCAGUUGUAAUUCUGGGAGAACUCCAGGCCUCAUCUGGAGAUUGGCAACACUUCUGUUAUUGAUACAACCAGGUACUCAUUUUUGGUUUGGCCGGACUCAAUGUUAAAUGCCAACAAGAGUUGAACCUUAUAAAACAGGCAAAUUUUAAAAAGGCAUAUAAAAUCAAUUCUUGUUGGCAGAUAUUGCCAUUGUGCAGAGUGCUGUUUUUGAAUAGAUUAAUAAGUAAAGUUCUUCCCACUGUGUUAUGAGGAUUUAUCUUGAUGUGUUCAUGCCUGUUAUUAUGCAAGUCCAUCCUGCUGCAGUGAAGUAUGAAUAAGUGUACCAUGUGUGUAUACCACAUCCGCAGGUACCUAGGCUUGACCUUGGAGCAUAUGGACUCUUGGUUAUCAGAACAACUCAGUUUGUCUGAUUAUGAGAUACAUUUUGGCUUGAAGAAGGAUCGUUUUGAUCUGAAACGAGAGAAGAGGAAUCUGGCCGGCUUAUGCUCGUUGCCCCUCUGUGCAUCAGUGCUGCCUUCUUUUCAUCCCGACAGUGCUACCAUCUCACCUCGUCGCAUAGAUCCGAGGACCCUUACAGCAUAAUUGCCUACAGCUGUUCUAUUUUGCCACGACUUUGCAUAUGUCAGAAGAACAUUAAGGGAUUUUAUUUAAUUAUAUUUCCCCAUUGGACUUUGUCGUUGUCGUUUCUCUCCCUUAUGGAGUUUUUCAGUGUCAUAUAGUGUUAAUUUCACUGAUACACUGUACCACUAAUAGUUUUUGUAAAUUACAACUCAUGGAGUAUAUUC